AUUGUAAAUUAGAAAAAGAUUUUGAUCGAAAUAAAUAAAGAUAUAAUAUAAAAACACGUGGGUGGAAAAAAACGUGAUUGAUUUUUUAACUGAGGAUGGAUUAUUGCUUAAUCUUCAUUUAAAGAAAGUUAAAAAGUUGAAAUCAUUAAUAAAAAUGAGUAAACUUGUACCACCGGAUGGAGGAUGGGGAUGGAUAAUCGUCAUGUCUUACGCACUUAACAGUUUUGUCAUGAUACCUGUAGUACAAGGUUCUGGUUUAGUGUUCAAAGAUUUAUUUCCAUUGUUAAAUAUUAACAGUACACAAGGUAGUACUAUCAUUAGCGUCAACAUGGCUUUUGGCAUGAUAUUAGGUUUAAUCAAUGGUCCACUACUGCAACAUUUUGGAUAUAGGAAAAUGGCAAUCGUUGGUUCGCUAUUAUAUUUUUUCGGUAUAACGUUUACAGCAUUUUCAAGAACAGUUACUCUUAUCAUAAUCACUUAUGGUUUAAUAGCAUCUGUCGGACUGACAAUUGCAGGAUCAAGCUUUUCUCUAGCACUUAAUAGUUAUUUCACAACAAAAAGAGGACGUGCAACUGGCUGGGCGAUUACCAUGAUGGGAUUAGGUUCAAUCUUUAUGCCACACGUUACUACUAUCUUGCUCGAUAAUUACGGUCCUCAGGGUACUCUAUUGAUAUUGGGUUCUUACUCACUGCACUCGAUAUUAGCCUCGUUAAUGUUACAUCCAAUAAAAUGGCAUAUGAAAAAAAUACCAAGCGUUGAAGAUAAUGAUAAACAUAUUAUUGAAAUCAUAGAAAAGGAAUCGCAUGUUGAUACAGAUAAACCAAACGAAGUUUCCGAAGACGAUGAUAGUUUUCACGAUGCACCAUUAAUGGAAGAAAAUCAAAGGCAUAGAAGAUUAACCGUAUCGAGUAUCAAUCACGAUGUUGAAGGUGUUAGCAUCUAUGGUUUCGAAACUCCAUUGUCCCGACAAAUUUCGGAAACUGCGAGAACCAUUUCACGAGAGAUGAGUCUAGAUGGUUGGUCAUGGAUUAAUAAUAACGAAUUAAAUAAUAAAACACUUUUCCAGCCAAAUCAUUAUUGGUGGAAUUCAAAUAAAAGCGUAAACAGUAUCAACCUUAGUAGUAGUUUACAAAUUUUCAACGAGGAAUCGGUUUACCAACCUCUGCGAAAAAAUAAGAGCUUCAGUAGUACGAGUAAAAUAUCUAAAGCGAAAAGUUGUCAAAGUAUACCGGAAAACGAUGAAACAAAAGUGGAAAAUCAAAACGACGAUAUUUGUGAAAUAUCGAAACAAAAAUCUAUAUUUAUGAGAAUUCUAAAACGUAUAGUGGCCUUUUACGGUCUCGAUAUUUUACGUGACGGUAUAUAUGUCAAUAUAAUGUUGGGCAUGUCAAUAGCCAUAUUCGCGGAAAUCAAUUUUUCUUUAUUGACACCGUUCAUUUUGGCUGACAGAAAUUUAACAACAAAUCAAAUAGCAAUUACAAUGAGCGUCAUUGCUUCCGCCGAUCUUGUUUUUCGAAGUAUUGCUCCGUAUAUCGGAGAAUGGUUAAAUUUAACACCAAGACCAAUGUACUCCAUCAGUUUGAUAUUUCUUAUCAUUAGCAGAACAGGUUUAAUAUUUACGCAAACCCUUACAGAAGUAAUUAUUGUUGCCGUUGGUUUGGGAAUUGCGAAAGGAAUUAGAUCAGUUUAUAUGACACUUAUAAUACCAACUUAUGUACCAAUUAAAAAUCUACAUUAUGCUUCUGCUAUACAGAUGACGGUAAAUGGAUUAAUCAUGUUAAGUGCUGGACCAAUUUUAGGUGUAAUUAGAGACGCAGUGGGAACUUACACACCCUGUAUCAUAAUAAUUAAUAGUAUGUCGGCCCUGACCGUCACUAUAUGGCUAACGGAACUGAUCAUUUUACGAAGAACUAAACUUGGAUCGAAAAAAUUGCAACAAGAUUUAAACAAGGAAAAGACUUGACAAACAAAAAAUAAAAACACAAUUAAAGACUAAUCAUAUUUAUAUUAUACAUUUGAUCACGUUCCUAUUCGUAUUGUAAAUAAAUGAUAUAAUCAAAUUUUAAUUUAUAACCAUCGAGAGAUAAUAAAUACUUCGAAUGA